ACCACCAACGGAACGCCCCGUGGAAGUUAAAACUUGAAGAAUAGAAGAAAUGUCAUAAAAUAUCGUUCCCCCUUCACGGGCAAUUACCUGACCUUUCUCGUUCUCUCUGUACUUUCAGAGACACAGAUGCAGAGGUUGCUGUCAUUACUGGUGAUUUCCACCGCCCUCGCUCUAUCCAUCCUAGAAAUCUCCGCUGCCCAACCUUCUGAUUCAAUUUCGCGGCUCCGAUCACCGGAAAAUGGCGCUCUCUCCCUCUGUGCUCAGCUCAUUCAGCCCAAUGGUUACCCCUGCACCGAACACACCAUUCAAACAAAGGAUGGCUACUUAUUGGGUCUCCAACGUGUGUCAUCGAGGAAUGCUAAUCUAAGAGUUGGGCGAGGUCCUCCUGUUUUGCUGUUGCAUGGUCUCUUUAUGGGAGGUGAUGCGUGGUUUUUGGACUCUCUAGAGGAGUCAUUGGGCUUCGUCCUUGCAGAUCAUGGUUUUGAUGUAUGGGUUGGAAAUGUGCGUGGAACGCGUUGGAGUCAUGGGCAUAUAUCAUUAUCUGAGAACAACAAGGAUUUUUGGGAUUGGAGUUGGCAGGAAUUGGCUCUGUACGAUGCUGCAGAAAUGAUACACACUGUAAAUAUGAUCACAAGCUCAAAAAUCUUCAUUGUUGGACAUUCACAGGGAACAAUCAUAACUUUGGCUGCUCUCACCCAGCUGGAUAUAGUCAAAAUGGUUGAGGCUGCUGCUCUUCUGUCGCCAAUAACGUACUUAGAACAUAUUAGUGCUCCUCUUGUACUAAGAAUGGUUGCCGUGCAUCUUGAUCAGAUGAUUUUUGCUAUGGGCUUACAUCAAGUGAACUUUAGAAGUAAUGUGUUAAUCAGUCUUGUCGACUCUCUAUGCGAUGGCCAUUUAGAUUGCAAUGACUUACUAACUACCAUAACAGGAAAGAAUUGUUGCUUCAAUAACUCACGAGUGGACUUCUAUCUGGAAUAUGAACCUCAUCCUUCUUCUGCAAAAAACAUGCGCCAUCUGUUCCAGAUGAUCCGUAAGGGUACUUUUUCGCUGUACAAUUAUGGAAUCUUCAAAAACUUGAAGCUAUAUGGUCAGACAAAACCCCCAGCAUUUGAUCUUAGCCGCAUUCCCAAGUCAUUGCCAUUAUGGAUGUGUUAUGGUGGAAAUGAUGCUUUAGCAGACGUGACAGAUGUACAGCAUACUCUAAAGGAAUUGCAGUCGACACCAGAAUUGCUUUAUCUCGAAAACUAUGGUCACAUGGACUUUAUUUUGAGCAUAAAAGCGAAGGAAGAUUUUCACAACCAUAUGAUUGCGUUUUUCAGGUCUUUGGGAAAGUCCAGUAGAUCUCAAGUGACUGCCUUACAUGAUAUCUGAUUAUAAUUUUUAAUGUAUUCAACUGGUUAUCUGUAUGUAUAUAUUGUAAAGUCACGUUUGUUCUCUUUUUAACCAAUGAAGAAAAAGUUGUUUAAAAGGGCAAAAAAGUUUUAAUGUUAUUCCAUUAAUUACCUUUAUUGAAGAUAAAGCAAGAUUAUCUUCAAUCUAGUCAGUUGUGCAUGGCACAGAGUCUUUUCACCUUAGUUAUGGCCUUUUUC